UAAUAAUGGCAGUUAAAGAAAAACAAACAGAAACUUCUGCCGAUGAAAUAGAAUGGAAUGUCGAAAAUGAAAUUCAAUUGUUCUUUGCUAUGAAUGGACAUAAACCUGUUGGAAUAAAUAAAUAUUUCCACAUGAUCUGUAUAUGGGAAAAAUUUCGUGCUGCUAUUCAUAAGGAUGUAUCACUAAAAUCUAUUUGGGAACAUUUAGAAUCAAUGUAUGAUUUGAUGGCUCUGGAUGAUAUGGAAGAUUUACCAUUUCCUAGUCAAGAAACAGACUUUUCUUUACCAGAACAAGACUUUUUGGGACCACUUAAAUCUAGAAAGAGAGAGGAACCAGAAGUAAAAUUAAAAGAGCAAAGAGACAAAUAUAAAGAGAUUAAAAAAGAGAAAGAUGUUAAAGAUCUUAUGAAAAAGGAUAUUGUUCUUCGUGAUCUUAAAGGAAGCAAAGAUAUUGAUAAAAAAAAAGAAGAAUUUAAAAAGUAUGUGAAGGAUAUGGAAAUGAAAAAAGAUAAACUUAGAGACAUUAAAGAUGUUAGGAAAGAUUAUAAAUCUUCUAAAGGAAGAUCAAAAGGAAAAGAUGAUCUUGAAGAAGCAGCAUCAAAUGGAAAAAAGGAACGUAAGGAUUCUGAUUCGGGUCGAGAAAGCUUAAAGAGGGGUCCGAAACGACCAACUAGGCAGAGUAUGGAUAACUCGUCCAAAGCAUCUUCAAGUCCACGCGAUACACCUCCACCAAAACGUAGAAGGAUAUAACAAUUUCUUUAAAGUUCAAGUUAUUUGUAUUUUAUACUAUGAACAAACAUAAUUCACAUUUUAAAGUAUAAACAAAGUGCAGACUGUGUACUUCUUUCACACAAAGGUAUAUGAAAGAUUAUACUCAUUUUAUAAAAAACUUAGCAUUAAAUCAUUGUAAAUAUCACGCUAUGUAAUGAAGUUAAGAAGUUAAACAUAUUAUGAAACAA